AUGACCGCCCUCAUGCGGCUGCUGGUUGAGGCCACAGGGCCGCACGGGGACGGCAGCGCCGGCGGCGGCUCUGAGCCGCUGUGGCUGGCGGCAGCCACGGAAAGGGACCGCCGGCAGAUGGCGCUGCGGACCGCCUCGCUGGCCGCCGGCGCGAUGGUGCUGGUUGGCAGUCGCGCGUUUGAGGCGAGGGACCGCGACGACGCAGACAGCAGGCAGCGGCGCCGCUCCGCUGUUGCGCUCACCGAGGCAUUUUGCGCAGUGCCCGGAGCCGCAGCGGGCUUGGUUGCCGCAGCCGCAAUGGAGGAGUCGCUGAGCCAGCCGAACAGCCCGGUCAUUUCGAUGUUCUGGAUGCUCAGCCGCACGAGAAGACACGUGACGCCCCCAGUUGUCGCGGAAGAGCUGAUGGUCCGCGUCGCCAUGCAGCUGGAGCCGUGCGCGGCCGAAGCCGCCGCGCUAGCCUGCAGAGCCCUGCGAGACGAGCUGGCUGGCCUUGGCAAUGGCAGCUUCUUGCCCCUUGGGCUGCUGCAGCUGCUCAGCUACAGCGCCGCCGGCGCGGCCGCUCUGCUGCAGCGUCCGCUCGCGGAGGGGCUUGGCCUGUUGGUGCGCUUCCUCACGCCGCCACAGCCCGGCGACAACCGCAGCAGAGGGGCCCGCAGCGGCAGCGGCGCCGAGCGGAGUGAAUCGGCAGGCGCGCAGCGGGGCGCGCCAGCGGGUGCAGGAGGCCGGACGACGUUUGAGUUUGCGUUGGAUGACAAUAUCCUUAUUGCGAUCAGCAGGGUCUUCGAGCAUGCAGCGCACAUGAGGCGGGAGCAGGAGCACGACGGCGCCGAGGCCGCGCCGCAGAACGCCCGACCGAGCGCCUUGAGCAGGGCUGCUGACCCUGCACGCGUGCGCGCCGCGGUGGCGGCGCUCACGGGACCGCUGCUGGAGGUCGCGGCCGGGCGGAGCGGCGCAGCAAGACUGCGCGGGGAGCCCAGGCUGCCCAUGUCUUUGCUGGCCCUGCAUGCCUUGGAGCAGAGCGUUUGGAGCAUUGGGGCCGGCGUCCCGUGGGAACUGAUGGCCGAGGCGCGCCGCGGCGGCAGCAGGCCAGCUCCGGAUGAGGGCGAGGGCGAGGGCGAGGAGGAGGAGGAGCCGCUGGUGAUUCAUUCGCACCCCGGUUCGGCGGCGGCCCUCGCUGGGGUUCUGCAAGCAGCGCUCGGGGCCGCCGACAGCAGCCGCGUCGGCCGCAUGAUUGUCGCCACGUCUGCCACACUGCUGAACACAGUUGCCAUGGCAUGCGGCGGCCCCGCGCGCACCCAGUGGUGCCGCGACGCGCUUGCGGCGCGGCUGCCCGCGCUGCUGCUGCGCGCGGCCGUGCAGCUCUCGACCCACCAAGAUGACCCCGUCGGCGCCGCCAGGGCGGUGUGUGCGGCGUGCCUGGUGGCUUACACAGAAUAUGACGGCAUUUCAGUGGACAGGCAGGGGACCAGGUGCAACCAGCCGCCGCCAACAAGAGCCGAGUCAGUGACAGAGAUCAGGGCCAGAGCGUUGGAGGCGCUGUUGGCAUGCGCCGGCGGCGGCUGCCCAGAAGCUGCAAAUGUCGCAGUGGGGUGCGCUCUGCGCGCUUGCAGUCUCUCGGGCGGUUGUGCGGCUGACCUGGCCGCGCGUUGCGGGGCCGCGACCGCCCUCGUGGGCGCGCUCCUGCGCUGCGCAUCCGAUGCGCGGGCGGCCGCCCCCGGGGGCAGCCGGGAAGGCGGGCGCAUGGCCGGCGGCGCGGGGGUGGCUGCGCUGCUGCUGUCGAUGGUGGCCGCGGCCGCCUGCGAGGACGACGCUGAGGCCAACGACGCGGCAGAGUGGCAGUGUCAGCAUGUGGAGGCGACCCUUGCAGGCGAACGCAACGUCAACAUUGAGCAGGCGCACGCGGCGGCCGAGGCCGCGCUGCUGCGGCUGUGCACAGCAAGGAGUCAAGGUGGCGCGUUGGCGGAUGACAUGGAAACUGCCCUGGGCUUCCUGCGGCGCCGCGAGGCGCCGCCACCGCUUUCGUUGCCGGGGCCCCUGCUGCGGGCAGAUGGCCGGCGCUGCUUGGCGUGCGGCAAGGGGCGUGGCGACGGGGUGACGCUGAGGCGCUGCACCGGCUGCAGGGCGGAGGGCGCGUUCUACUGCUCUGUGGAGUGGUGA